AUGGAUACACCUUCCGAGGAUGAAUUUCUCUUACGGCAACGAGAGAAACUUAUUGCCAACUCCGCGUGGAUUCAACAUCAACAGCAAAAGGAACAGGCAGAACGUCAGAAGAUCCAAAAUAAUAAUAACAACAACAACAAUGAAAAUGAAAUAGAAAUAGAGGAAUAUGAAGAAGAAGAGGAACAAUUUCAUGUGAAGUACAGUAGUCCAAUGGGGAUAAGGUCCACGGUGUAUGGAGAUGAUAUCCAUCCCUCAUCUCCACAAGGAGAAGGAGAGAAAAAAGAGUCUCUGCGAGUGAAGAAUCUAAACACUCCACCCGUCCUCACAUCACCGGAUCCCCGGCAACAACACACACCGACGAUGAAUACAACGGUAAACAUCCAUACACAUAAUCAUAAUAAUAAUCAUAAUAAUAAUAAUAAUAAUAAUAAUAAUAAUCAUAAUAAUGGCAGUGAGCGAAGAAGAAGAAGUGGAUUAACCGCACAAAGAGAAGAAAGUACACAUCGUGGGGAUUCCUCCUUUAUUACACCCCGCGGUGGAUCCGUACUGCGAGUGCAGCAACGCAAUUUAUUAUGGCAACGCCGCCGUGAACAGAAACUGGCGGAACAGCGAUCACUACAGACGGAUUAUGAUGAAGAGUGUACGUUUACCCCAAAGAUACAUCACUAUCACUCACCAUCCGAGAAAUCACAAUCACCACAGCAGCAACAACAACAAAUCGGUAGAGAGAGUCUACUGGAGUCCACACCGGGCGUGGCGUUGUUUCUCCGCAGACAAGAACAGGCCAGACGACUUGCCGCAUUACUUGAAGCCCGUCGUAACGCCAGCACAGGUAGCAGUAUUAAUAAUAAUAAUAAUAAUAAUAAUAAUAAUAAUAAUAAUAAUGGCAACACGAUGUAUGGACGUACAAUUGUAGAGCCGUUUGUGUUGGGGCGGAGACCAGAAGUACAUGCACUUCGCCCACCGGUGUAUAUUGAACCAGGCGUUAUGGCAGAAGUUCUCGCAGCAGAUGACUUUCAAACUACUACUAAUUAUACUACUAUUAAUAAUAAUAAUAAUAAUAAUAAUAACAAUAAUAAUAUUAUUAAUAGUAAUAAUAAUAAUAAUCCGAAUAGUAGUGACAAUAGGUUUCGUGGUGUCUCGGCAUCCUCUUUAUUUUUUACAUCAGCAUCGCUACCAUCAUCAUCGUUAUCGCUAGAGGCACUUGUCGCCGCAGCUAUGUCUGAUAAUAAGAAUAAGAAUAAUAUUGGUGUUAGUGUUUCUCUGCCAGCACCGGGUUCAUUCAGUUCCUGGCCUGCGCUGCGGUAUUACAGUGGGGAACGUAAUAACAGUAGAAGUAGUAGUAACGUCAUGACAACACCGUAA